UAUAGGUAGCAGCAAGCACAGAAUUGAUUUGAGUUGCCUCGAUGUUGUUAGAGGUUUGUGAUGUGUUGUGAUGAUGUGUGUCCUGCAGCUUCUACUCUGCUUGUGUUGUGCUGGGUCUGCAGUAUCUUCAUGAGAAGGGAAUUGUGUACAGGGACUUGAAGCUGGACAACCUUCUUCUUGAUAAGGACGGGUAUGUGAAGAUAGCUGACUUUGGACUCUGCAAGGAGGGCAUGUGGCAUGGGACCAGGACGUCCACCUUCUGUGGGACUCCAGAGUUCCUGGCUCCUGAAGUGCUCACUGAUGUGUCCUACACACGAGCCGUGGACUGGUGGGGACUGGGUGUGCUCAUAUACGAGAUGCUCGUGGGAGAGUCACCGUUCCCAGGAGAGGAUGAGGAGGAGGUGUUCGACUCCAUCGUCAAUGACGACGUCCGCUAUCCUCGCUUCCUCUCAUCAGAGGCCAUCUCCAUCAUGAGGAAGUUGCUACGUAGGAACCCAGAGAAGAGGUUAGGAGCUAGUGAGAGAGAUGCCAUUGACAUCAGAAAGCAGCCGUUCUUUAGAAAUAUCGACUGGGACAAGCUCUAUAACAAGGAGACUCCGCCUCCUUUCAGACCCGUGCUGAGAAAUCGUAUGGACAUCUCCAACUUUGACGAGGAGUUCACAAGAGAAGAGCCCAUCCUCACUCCCCCCAAGAAUCGUAGGUCCCUUCGCUCGAAAGACCAAAAACAGUUCCGUGGUUUUGACUAUUCUGCUGACUGGACUCCCAUUUAGACACACUCUCUGUCAGUGAAUUUUUUUUUUACAACUGUGUUAAUGUAUUCGAGUUUCCGUAUACGGGCACUGUAUGUUAAAUGUAUGUCCUAUUCCUAUUGGAGCAUAGAGGGGACUCGUUAACUUACAUGUAUACCGAUCAAAUCAUUCUAAAUGUUGCCACUUUAUUGAUUAAAUCGUUAUUAGUUUUACACUGUUCAUAUAAAAUGUAUACUGAUUUUUGUGUCAUCAUAUGAAAUCCAUAUUCUCUCAGUAGUGUAACUAUAUACAUAUGUAUAUGAAUGAGCACAACAAUAAGUGGUGAAUUAUAAA